CCGGGCCGGCCGACCGAGCCGAUGUGUCUGAUCUAUAAAAGCUUCGGCCACCAUCUCGGAGCAGUCAGUGCUAUCCGCACAACUCCAAACCCCCCAAGUUCACAAUCAUGAAGGUCCUGGUCGUUCUCGCUGUGGUGCUGGCGGUGGUGGCCGCGGAGGACGCCAAGAAGGAGACCAAGAAGGACAAGCGCGGCCUGCUCGGCCUCGGCUCGUACGGCAGCCUGGACCACGGUCUGGAGUACGGCAGCAGCUACGGCGGCGGCUACGGACACGGCUACGGACACGGCCUCGACCUCAGCCACAGCCUCAGCCACGGCCACGGCCACGCCAUCAUCGGCGAGCCCCAGAUUAAGAGCAUCCUCAUCACCAAGGAGGUGCCCGUCGGCAUCCCCAAGCCCUACGCCGUGCCCGUCAUCAAGCACGUCGGCGUGCCCGUCAAGGUCGCCGUCCCCGUGCCCGUCGACAGGCCCGUGCCCGUGCACGUCAUCAAGCCCUACCCCGUGCACGUUGACAGGCCCUACGCUGUGCCCGUCGAGAAGCCCGUGCCCUACCCAGUCAAGGUCGCCGUCAAGGUGCCCGUCGCCGUGCCCGCCCCCUACCCCGUCAUCAAGCCCUACCCCGUGCACGUGCCCGUCGAGAAGCCCAUCGCCGUGCCCUACAAGGUGCCCGUCUACAUCAAGGAGCACUCCCACCACGACCUCCACCUCGACCACCACGAGCUCAGCUCCUACGGCUCGUCCUAUGGCUCGUCUUACGGCCACGAUCUCCACUCUCACUACUAAGUCAUUUCUAUGUUUUGCCCUUCAUCUUCACCUGUUGUACAAAGUGUCACCUUCAUGUCACCACUAGAAUAAAUUCUUUUCCUACCA